CUGUGCGCCCCGAAUUCUAAACCGGAUAUCCGCUCUGCUCUCUCAGCUCGAGGAGAAACUUCGCCACACGUGGAGUUCAGAAGAGAAAAAGCGCGUUAUCUGUGUUUUUUCGAUAUAUAACAACCUCUUCGAUAUAUUUUGCGGUCCUUGAAGCUUUAAAACAAGUUCGCGUCAAGAUGUUUCUGCAGUUUUACCUAAACGAGGACGGAGACAGAGUCUACACUCUGAAGAAGGUUCGUCCUGAUGGGCAGCCCACCAGCUCGGCCCACCCGGCUCGCUUCUCCCCAGACGACAAGUUCUCCCGACACCGGGUGAUGGUGAAGAAACGCUUCGGCCUACUGAUCACCCAGCAGCCCAGACCUGUUCUGUGAGAGAGGGGGGGAGAAAGAGGCGAGAGAUGGAUGGAUGGAUGGAUUUCAGACCAAGAAAUGGAGGGAUGAAGGCAAAGAGUGGACUGUAAAGCAAAAAACACAUUCAGGAUUCCAACUUGUGAAAGUGCAGCCAGGACUUGUCCUCAGUUUCACCCAAAGCUCCUGGCCCAAUUUUAGGGGACUGUUGUUGCCUUGGAUAUUAACUGUUGUUGAUGUUAAGGAUCUUCUUUUUAUGUUACCGUAAUUUGUUGACCUUUUACUUAAGGUUAAUGUUAUCAUUUUGUUUUUAUGCUGAAUAAAUGGUCGAUGGUU